CAAAGAAUCGAACUCAAUUUUGUCCACCGGCCGUAUAUAUCCUUCCUAAAAUGCAAAGUUAUCUUCACAACCACGACAGUCGUCGAUCAUUGAAUGCAUAUCCAAACUUGGUGGGAAUGGAAUUCUUUGAUUUCGACCUCUCAGCUUCUCUGAUAUUCUGUUUUCUCCCCCUCCUCCUCCUCCUCGUCUUCUUCUCCCACAUAUUCUCAUCAAAAUCCAGCAGUAAGAUCCCCAGAUCAUACCCACUGCUCGGUUCAUACCCAUCCCUGCUCAAAAACAAACACCGCCGGGUUCAAUGGAUCUCCGACGCCAUCCACAGCUCUCCCAAUCUCACCUUCACCCUCCACCGCCCCGGCAUCUCCAUGGUUUUCACCGCUAAUCCCAAAAACGUGCAGCACAUCCUCAAGACCCGCUUCUCUGUUUACUCAAAAGGCGAUUUCUCCCGGGCCAAUCUCGCCGAUUUCCUCGGCGACGGGAUCUUCAACGUCGACGGCGACAGCUGGAAGUUCCAGAGACAGGUGGCCAGCCACGAGUUCAACACCCGGUCGCUCCGGAAGUUCGUCGAGACCGUCGUCGACGCCGAGCUCUCCGACCGGUUGGUUCCCGUCCUCGCCUCCGCCGCCGGCGGGAAGACGGUUCUGGAUUUUCAGGACGUUCUCCAGAGAUUCGCUUUCGACAAUAUCUGUAAGAUCUCGUUCGGGUGCGAUCCCGGCUAUCUGUCGCCGUCGCUACCGGACGAGAAAUUCGCGGUGGCUUUCGAAGAAGCUGUUCGGCUCAGCACCAGCAGAUUCAACGAAAUCGCCCCUCAGAUCUGGAAAUUGAAGCGAUUUUUCGACAUCGGAUCCGAGCGGAAACUCCGGAUUGCGGUUAGCGAGGUGCGGGAUUUCGCGCAGAAGAUCGUGAGGGAGAAGACGAAGGAAUUGGAGGAGAAGUCAACGCUCGAUUCCGUUGACCUCCUCUCCAGAUUCCUGAGCUCCGGCCACUCCGAGGAGAAAUUCGUGACAGAUAUCGUGAUCAGCUUCAUCCUGGCUGGCCGGGACACGACCUCCGCCGCUCUGACGUGGUUUUUCUGGCUGAUUUCCCGGAGGCCGGAAGUCGAGAUCCAGAUCUUGAAGGAGGUGGAGUCGAAAUCGGAGGCGGCGGUUUACGAGGAGGUGAAGGACAUGGUGUACACGCACGCGGCGCUGUGUGAAGCCAUGAGGCUUUACCCUCCGGUUCCGGUGGACACGAAAGCGGCGGAGGAGGACGAUGUUCUGCCGGACGGGACAGCGGUGAAGAAGGGAUGGAGGGUGGCCUAUCAUCCGUACGCGAUGGGGCGGGCGGAGGAGCUGUGGGGGGAGGACUGGGCGGAGUUCCGCCCCGAGCGGUGGCUGAACAGGGACGCCGGCGGGAAUUUGAUUUUCGUGGGGAGGGACCCGUAUGUGUAUCCGGUGUUCCAAGCGGGACCCAGGGUUUGUCUGGGGAAGGAAAUGGCAUUCCUGCAGAUGAAGAGGGUGGUGGCCGGAGUUAUGAGGCGGUUCAGGGUUGUCCCCGGGGCGGAGAAGGGCGUCGAGCCAGUGUACAUAUCGUAUUUGACCUCGAAAAUGGAGGGCGGUUUCCCGGUGACGAUUGAAGAGAGGUCCAGCGCAGCUCAAUAUUGAAAGGGCGCGUGUAGUUUUGGAGGGAAAAGUUUCGUUAAAUGAAUGUCUUUGUUUUUG